AUGGCAGACUGGCUGAAGGGACAACGAUUGCAGAAGCAGUACCCACGACCACCAGAGGGUGAGGACGAGGAACAAGUCCCCCGGCUGCCAGAACGGUUAGAACAAGCACUGUCCUCUGCUUUUAAUGACUUCCCUGAUGAUGACUCAAGGUUACUAUUAUUGUACAUGAGCAUGUUUCCUUAUGGGUACAAGUUUGAAAAGGAUCGUCUCAUGUUGAAAUGGUUGCAUGAAGGCCUUACUCGUACUAAUCCAUUUUAUUACUCGCAUUCUAGUGAUGCUAUGUCAGAAGCAGAGACGUUCUUCUCCCAGCUAGUGGAUAGGAAUGUCAUCAGCUGUGUACCAUCGAACUGCAAACACAAGCAAGAUGAACCUGAGGCUUGCCAUUGGCAAGUCAAUAAUUUUAUGCAGCAAUUCCUUGCCUCCAAAUCUGCGGAGAUAGGUUUCAUUUUCACCACCACUACACUCAACUUAUUGGCAGCAUCAGCAGCAACAACAACAGAGUGUGACAAACAAACUAGCGGCAGGACGCCACGGAGGUUAGCCCUGCACUAUCCACAUCCCCUGCUCCUGUCGCUGCUUGAAACUAUGGAUUUGUCCCAGACUCGUUCGCUAUCUGUGUCUAGGGCCGUCAACAGCGGAAUAAUCCCUCUGCACAGGUUUGUCAAUCUGGUGGUGCUGGAUUUCGAAGCCUGGGAGAAUCUUAAGGAUGAGGAUCUGUUGCAGCUAUUUGAGCGUGAGGAAUACUCGAGUCAGCACGCUCCCGGACGAGGUCAAGGAGCUGCAGGCUCUGAGGACACUGGACGGCUUUCGGGGAUCUACACAGUUUGGAGGUGCUCCCUUGAAGAGUCUCGUGCGCCUAGCAGGCUUAAGAAGUUCAAGGUGACAGCAGGAAGAUUCGCAAGUGUUCCACCAUGGAUCAAUGGGCUCGAGCGUCUAGCUUUUGUGCAAAUCACUGUCUGUAACAAGCAAACAACGACCGAUGACCUGAAGAUACUUGGAGCCCUGCCCAAAUUGCAGUGCCUAAUACUAGGCUUGGACUUCAUUCCUAGCCAAGCCAUAGUGAUUGGAAAUGAAGGAUUCCGCGAGCUCCAGCGGUUCUCCCUUGACUGCGUAUUGCCAUGGAACGGCUUGGACACCUUCAACUCAAGUUCUCCUCUGGCCCCUGCAAGUGAAGACCGUGUUCCAUCCGGUAUCACCAACCUCCCAAGGAUCAACGAAGUGGUCCUCAGCUACAGCGAGUGGUGCGUCAACAGCACCAGUGUAAAGAUGACAGUGAAGGCGGUGAAGGAACAAGUUGCCAAGCAUCGCAACCCGAUCAAUCUCUUCAUCAAUGGCGUCGAAGACGAUGGUGUUCAGGAAGUCGAUGAGGAGGCAGAGAAUGCAACCGGAACUUCUUGGAGCGGCACAGAUGCUGGACCCGGAAGAGACGAUGCUCAAGCAGUCGAUGAGGAGGCUAAAGGAGUGGUUGAAAUUGAGAUUACUGAAGCUGAAAGUUGA